UGAAUAUAUAAGGCAGGAUUUUUUCCUCAUUUGCAUGUGUGAUGCACAUGUAUUGCAUGCAUGUGUUUGCCAUGUCCUCCAGGACAAAGGCCAGCAUGGCAUUGUCAAACUCUGUCUCCUCCACAGUCUUUAUUUUACUCUCUUGACGAAAGGAGCUCCAAUGUGAAUGAAAUAAACAACGAAACAAACACACCUCUCGCCGAUUGUAACAGUCAUGCAGACAAAAGCUCUGAUUCCCAGGGAUUCCAAGGGAAAUCCAACCUGCUCCAGCAGCAAUGCUGUUUAUCUGAAGAUCGCACUGACGUCGGACAGUGAAUCAAGCGUGAAACGUGGGCCCAGACAUUGGAGAAGGUCAUAACUCCAUCCAUCGCUCAUCUGAGGUGCAGAGCGUGGCCAUGAGCGGAAUACUGAAGAGGAAGUUGGACGAAGUGGAUGGCUCCUCGCCAUGCUCGUCCCUCCGCGAGUCCGAAGAUGACGUCUCCAGCAGCGAGAGCGGCGACAGCAGCGACAGCGCCAACCCCUCGGCUGCCAGCCACUUCGCGCCUGCCUCCAUACUGAAGCGAGAGAAGAGGAUGAGGACGAGGAAGGUGCACUUCGAGAAGGUGACUGUGUACUACUUCAGCCGGCGGCAGGGCUUCACCAGCGUGCCCAGCCAGGGCGGCAGCACCCUGGGCAUGUCCAGCCAGCACUGCGGCGUGCGCCAGUACACCCUGGGCGAGUUCGCUCUGGAGCAGGAGCGCAACCAUCGCGACAUGCUGCGUGACCACCUGAAAGAGGAGAAGCUGAAUGGCAUUAAGCUCAAGCUAACAAAAAACGGCACGGUGGACUCCAAGGAGGCCAGCGGGCUUACAGUGGAGGAUAUCUCCGACGACGACAUCGACCUGGACAACACGGAGGUGGACGAGUACUUCUUCCUGCAGCCGCUAACCACUAAGAAGCGCCGGGCCCUGCUGAGGGCCUCGGGCGUCAAGAGGAUCGACGUGGAGGAGAAGCACGAGCUGCGGGCCAUCCGCGUCUCCAGGGAGGACUGCGGCUGCGACUGCAGGAUCUUCUGCGACCCGGAGACUUGUGCCUGCAGUAUGGCGGGGAUCAAGUGUCAGGUGGAUCGCAUGUCAUUCCCAUGUGGCUGCAGUAAGGAAGGGUGCACCAACACGGCUGGCAGGAUAGAGUUCAAUCCCAUCCGGGUCCGGACUCACUUCCUGCACACCAUCAUGAAGCUGGAGCAGGAGAAGAGCAGGGAGCAGCAGCCGCCCUCUAUGGCGGAUGGUUACCAUGGCGAGGUCAACGUGCAUGGAAACGCACUGGUCCAGGGGCAGCACGGCCUGGAGUACACGCUGACUGACGGCGUCCCCCAGGCUGCGAUCAUGCACCUUCAGGCGGCCAACGAGAUGGACGAGGCUGUGGAGGAGGAGGACGAGGAAGAGGAGGAGGAAGAGGAGGACAAUGAGGAGGAGGAGGACGAGGAAGAUGAAGAUGACGGCAGCAGCCUGUGCAGCGGGCUCACCGACUCCAGCACGCACAGCCUUGCCGGAAGUGACUCCGAAGAGGAGGACAGCGGCAAAGAGAAGCCGAACGAGAGUGUGGAUGGGGUGUCUACAGCACAUGUGUCUCACAGCGAAGUGGUACCGCUCUCCUCCGAGUUAUGCUACCCGGAGGGGCCAUCGGUGCAAGACAACCAUAGCAAUGGUAGCCCAUACUUCUCGGCCUCCCCGGCUGAGUAUUAUCAGAUGAAGAACUCAAGCAUCAUAACUGACGUUUCUAUGGGUAACCGUGGUAGCGAUUCCUUUGGCGAAGCCCCGCGGUUUCAGGACGGACUCGUGUCUCUGGACUCUUUCAGCGUGGGCCCCGAUCCGUACCACGAUUACUCCCAGCAGGCCGAGGGCCAGUACGCCAACCAGUGUUUCUCUGUGAGCAACGGAGCCUCGUCUGUCGUCGUCUGCUGCUCUCCCGACCAGAACGACGACGACGACGUGCAACCCGGACAGGCCUACUGCAGCCCACCAGAAGGCCAUCUCCAGCUUCAGAACUUCUUGAAGGAAAAUGGUCAGGAGCUGUACGUCAGGAAAGACGGCUGUUUCAGGGCCGAGCCACAGGAAAUUUCGGACGGACUUGCGGAGACCCCAGCCCGCGCUGACGGCAUGCAGGUCGCCCCCUCCGUAGAGUGCUUACCCCAAGUCUCCUUUGUCUAAGUCCUUCAGUUAGUCCCAUGAGGUUUGAACGGUUCAGUUUUUAAAUCCAAUUCUUGGCUGAUUUGGUUAAUGUUUCAAUGUGAGAAGUGGAUGUAAACAGUGUACAAACAAAGUUGGGGGUUUAAUUACCUGCAAUUACUAUAGAUACAAAAAGAGUAAAUAACCCGCAGAUGAAUUAAUUUUAUGCCGAAGGGUCCAGACUCUAAGUGUAUGGAAUAUAAUUCAUGUAAAAUAAUGCUGAAGUGCAAAAUUAAAAGCAGAAAAAAUGUAGGCUUGUGCAAUGUACUGUAAUUAUCUUGUAAAAGUUCUAGUUUUCAGCCAAUUCUGUGAAGACCUUUUAUACGUCUGUGUGUCCAUUGCCGAAAAAGGAAAGUAUAUUGUGCAGUUUAUUUAUGGAGUCAAAGUGGAUGUAAAAUAACAUUUUGAUAAUGAAAAGCAUGUUAUUUUUGAGGUGCGGACGGCCUCUCUCUGACCAAUGGAUGAAGGUGGGUCUAAACUUCUGUAUCAAUGUACUGUAUGGGAUGGUAUUUUAAAGUCGUCAUCUGUGCUUUUUAUAGUUUGUAAAAGCAUGUGGCUUUUUUGUGGUCCUUCGCUUUUGGUGAAAAGUCCAAAGGCACAGAUCUGACCUUAUGGAAGGUAAGGUGUUGAAAAUGUAUUUGCACUUUUUUAAAGACAAUUCUGAGGACAGACGCCAUGGAAUGACUAAUACUUGAAACACGAUAUAAAAAUGAGUAUUCAGUGGUCUUGUUUCUCCCCCUCAUUCAGUUAACUGUUCAUUACCGGUGUGUUCUUUACAUUUGCUGAUACUUAGAGCGAUUGUUCUUAUUUGGAAAAUCACAUUGUUUUUUUAAAACAAAAACUGAACGAAAGCCAAGCGGGAAGUGAUUAUAAAAAGGUUUAUAAUGUUGGGGAGGCAUACUUAAGACACAAAUUCAUUCUCAGCUUUGUACAAUUUCAAAUACCACACUUAUACCUCAUCAAAACCACAUGUCUGCAAAUAAUUCCGCUGUGAAAAACUUCUGCGGGUCGUUUUUACAAACCUGACGUUGCAACUAGCUCCAUAAAGAACAUCAGCCUGCAUGUUGGCGUCAGGGCAUACAGGAAUGCAGUGGUGUAAUUACAAUCACGGCUGGUCUGUUUUAAGGUGUGAGUGCUGCUUUUCUUUAUGUUGACGUAACCCUGUUCCACAUUCUGCUCAUCACUCAGAUUGUAGCCUAAAUUUUCUAUUAUUAACAUGUGACUUUCAGGGUUUAAGGGCAAGUCAAAUUCAUGGAGGGGGCAGUCUUUUUAUUAGCCAAUGAUACUUUUUGAAUUGGUGAGUGACAGGGGAUGGCACUCUGGGGGCCAAUCAGCUUUCAGCUGGGGCCAGUGCAGCCACUGUGGCCCCACCCCUGUGUACAGGAGCUACCAAUAUGAAUAAAGUUUUUGGUCAUUCCAGUGGAGAGACAGUGAGGAAACUGAAAUUCUCAGUGCUCUAAACUAACAGAAAAGCAUUCUGGGAGUGCUUGUAGCAUCAUAACAUCCCGUUAUUGAAAUGCUCUGAGUGCAGGAAUCACUGGCAGACAGUUACUGCAGUGGGGUAACACAUAACACAUGGCUCUGACUAGACCACCAAUCAAUGGUCCCCCUUCUGCUCUAAGCCGGGGUGUCACUGGUUCCUGCUGUGGCCCAAGCCUCUGACACCUUGGCCAGUGGGACACCGUGGACCCGUGUUCAGCACUGUGUUCAGCACUGUGUUCAGCACACGCACUGUUUCUGCUGGACCCUCCUUAGAUGUGUGCUUGGCACUUUGUUAAUCUAUAUUGAUUUUUUUUUUUAUUAAUCUUGCCAUGACAUCAUUCCAUGACACUAGAUCGCAUUGUUUUUUUGUUUCGCGUAUAGAUUUGGAUUUUUUUUAAUUAGUGACAUUUAUUUAUACUUGGUAUAUGGGUUUAUGUUAAGGGUGGUUUUUAAUCACCUUUCAAGGAUGACAGCCACUCCCCCCCCCCUCCCCC